ACUACAUUUUGUAAAAGGCUUCCACCAUACGUGUUCUUCAAAGCUCACCAUCAACAGCAUGUCUGACUCAGAAAGCUCAACCCACGCCGUUAGCCCUAAGGUCGGUACCGUUGCAAGACCGCCAGGCGCACAGGUUCGGCGGAGAGCUGCAAAUACGCAGGUCAAACCCAAUUCAACGCGUGCAGCAGGAGCUGGUGGCUCGUCGGGGACAAUGCUGAAGCUCUACACUGACGACUCGCCAGGGUUGCGAGUGGACCCAUAUGUCGUCCUCAUUCUAUCGUUGGCAUUCAUUGGAUCUAUCUUCUUUUUGCAUAUUUCCGCUAAAAUUAUCCGGUCGUUCACCAAGUGAUAGCCUCAUAAUGGACAUUUUUAUGCACUCUUGACUUAUAUCCCCCAUGCACACUCAGCGCUUGUGUUCUAUUAUGUGCCGUAUUAAAACGUGCCGAAGCGCGAGGCGCUGUGUGCCCUCUCGUCACCAAAUGCCCGGUAGGAUGAUGAUUAUUCUCGAAUAAGCUUGACCUCGGUAUAGAAUGAUAUGUGGACCGUCUUGACCAAUCCUAUCGCUUUCAAAUCUCC